UCCCGGAAGCAAGCCGGCGGUUGCGCCGGGCGCACCCCUACGCUGCCGUAAGUGAUGUGAACGGGGGCGGCGGCGGGGAGCCGGGCCGUGUCGCUGCAGGAUGGGGGGCGGCCGCCGCUGGCUUGGGCUGUGCUUGCUGCUGGCCCUGGCGGGGCCCGGCGCGGCCCUGCAGAACGUCACCGCCCAGCUCUUCGGGGCCGAGGCCUACGGGACGCUGGCGGCCUUCGGCGACUUCAACUCGGACAAGCAGACGGACCUGUUCGUGCUGCGCGGCGGGAAUGAGUUGAUUAUCUUUCUGGCUGACCAAAAGGAACCCUACUUUAAGCCCCGUGUUAAGUUACCAAUGAAAUCUCUCGGUGUUACCAUAACCAGUGUAGUUCCUGGGGAUUAUGACGGUGAUUCACAAAUGGAUGUCCUGCUGACUACCCGGGCACAAAAUCAUGGCAGAGAUGAACUUUCAGUGUUUAUUUUCUGGGGGCACAAUCAAACAUUAGAUCUUAACCAUAAAACUAUGUUAAAUAAGACUUUUCGUGAUGAGCCUCUAGUAAUGGACUUUAACGGAGACUUGAUUCCUGACGUCUUUGGUGUCACAAAUGAUUCAAGUAAGCCACAGAUAUUGAUAGGCGGGAACUUCUCAUGGCAUGCUGCAUUGGAAACUCAAAGUAAAAUGUAUAUACCGCACUCUCAUGCUUUUAUAGAUUUAAAUAAUGACUUCACUGCUGAUUUGUUCCUUACGACAUCACCAAAUCCACAAAACGUUCAGUUUGAGACAUGGGUAAAUAAGGAUGGGAACUUCUCUAAACUUGAAGAAACUGUGUAUGCGCCUAGUGGUAUGAAAGUUGUUGGACAGUCUGUGUUUGCAGAUUUUGAUGGGGACGGACAAAGUGAACAUUUGUUACCAGUCUGUGAAGAUAAAAAAUGUCAAAAAAGUGCCAUCUACUUAACUAAGAUAGGAAUGAAACAGUGGAUUCCAGUCUUGCAAGACUUCAGAAAUAAAGACACACUCUGGGGCUUUGUACCAUAUCCAAGUGACAAACCUUCAACGGAAAUGUUGUUUCCGAUUACACUUCAUAUUGGAGAUUACAAUAUGGACGGCUACCCAGAUGCUCUUGCUAUACUACAGAACACAUCUGGAAGCAAUCAACAAGCAUUUUUACUAGAAAAUGUCCCAUGCAAUAAUGUAAGCUGCAAGAGUGUACGUCGCAUGUUUAAAGUUUUUUGGGAGCUCUCGGACCUUAAUCAAAUCAAGGAUGCAGUGGUAGCAACCUUCUUUGACAUAUAUGAAGAUGGAAUCUUGGAUAUCAUUGUGCUAAGCAAAGGCUACUCCAACAAGGACUUUGCUAUCCAUACAUUAAAAAAUAACUUUGAAGCAGAUGCCUAUUUUGUUAAAGUUAUUGUUCUCAGCGGCCUCUGUUCUAAUGACUGUCCUCGGAAAGUAACGCCUUUUGGUGUUAAUCAGCCUGGUCCUUACAUCAUGUACACUACUGUAGAUGCAAAUGGAUACCUGAAAAAUGGGUCAGCUGGACAGCUUAGCCAGUCAGCACAUUUUGCUCUCCAGUUGCCAUACAACGUGCUAGGCUUGGGACGUAGUGCUAAUUUCCUCGACCAUUUGUAUGUUGGCAUUCCUCGUCCUUUAGGAGAAAAGUCCAUAAGAAAACAAGAAUGGACAGCUAUCAUACCAAACUCCCAGCUUAUAGUCAUCCCCUAUCCUCAUAAUGUUCCUCGAAGCUGGAGUGCAAAGCUGUAUCUGACCCCAAGUAACAUUGUGCUGCUAACAGCUAUAGCCUUAAUUGGUGUCUGCGUUUUCAUCUUGGCAAUAAUUGGCAUAUUACACUGGCAAGAAAAGAAAGCAGAUGACAGAGAGAAGCGACAGGAGGCUCAUCGGUUCCAUUUUGAUGCGAUGUGACAUGCCUUAAUAUUUAUGAAGGAGCUGCUACUCAUUUGCUUAAUUGAAUUACUAAAUUCUGAUUUGUAAAAUGAUUACCGUGAAAAUACCACUGGUGUGUUAUUUGUAAAUGUUGCGUUAUUUGGUAUUUAUUUGGAAAGUAUUAAAAUUAGACCUGAAUGUCUCACAAGGCCUUUCAGUUAACAGACUGUAUAUAAUAGCAUUUGGUCUUUAUUGAACAGAACCAUAAUUUUAUUUUUCUUAGUAAAGGGAUCAAAUUGCAUGUACCACUGUUUACGUACCACCAAUUCCUUAGUAAUAUUUGAUAGAAAGAAAGCUUUGUAAAUAAAGUUUAGCAUUUCAGUGAGCAGAAUACUUUGUACCACUUCGGUUGGUCUUGUCAUUUAUACAUUCCUGCAAAAUAACCUGCAUUUCUGAAAACUUAAGUUUCAGCAGUUUCUCAGAUUACUUGAUCCUUAAUUAUUCUGAUUGUACUAAAUGGUGCUCAACUUAAAGUAUUCUGUGUUUUUCUUUGUUUAAAUCUAUAUGUGCAGUUGUUAAAGAAUUUAGAAAUUGGAGAACUAAAAGAAACCUGCAAUGUUAAUGGUAGCUUAGUAGCUCAGCAUGGGUUAGAUGCAGUAUUUAUGUGUGUUAGUUCUAGAGAGAAGACAAUGCAUUAAAAAAUUAAAAUCAUAACAAUGUAUCAGCAAUACAUAAACUGCUUUUAUAAUUAAACUAUAACCACAAUUAUUUUAAAAAGGCCUAAAGUCAUUAUGAAAGUAACUUUCUUAAUAAGAAAAGUAUGGGAUAUUUUUGUUUGUUUGUUUUGUUUUUAAGGAAGUUAAAAGAAACAUUGUGGAGUGGAAGGAGAAUGAGGAUUAACUCCCUAAAAUUUGUUGCUAAGGGAUGAGAUAAACAGAGAUUAAAUUAAGAAUAGAAUAGAACACUCCAAAUAAGCAAUGUACAUUAUCUGUGUACAUUACUAUGCCCAAAUUUCAUAAGGUUCUAAUAAUUACGUAAGACAUGUAGCUCUAUCACCAUUUUAAAUAUAGAAGUUGAGCUACUUGUCUUAUGAAAUUAUUAGAACCGUACGAAGUUAUAAUUGCUCAGUGUUCUUUGGAUCCUGAAAGAGUCUCUAAAAAUAAUCAUGCUUUUAUUUAAUAGUUGCUCCUUAGUGAUGUGACUUUACAUGAUUAAGUGUGCAUUUAAAUCUGUCCAUUUGCAUUCCUAAUAAGUGCUGUUUGAUAAACUAGAACACACUUUUUCAACAAAGUGUCGGACCUAUAGGCAGUCAUCUCUGCAGUAGGUAUCUCCUCCAGUCUGGCACUUGUCGUGUAACCUGCUGUCCUGUAACACUACCUUUGCUUGUCAAUACAGGAACAGAGAAGAGAGCAGGUACAAAGCUGAACUGAUUAUGUCCACCCUGAAUCAUAGUCAAACAAUUUGCUACCAUGGCAGCACUGAACAGGGACCUAUUCAUACACCAACACCAAGCCAAAACCAAGAAAAGUACUCAUAAGUGGUCUACUGAGCUAUGAAGUUUUACCAGACAUUUCUAACAUGAACUGAUCAGAUGCCAACAAAGGAGGCUUUCAUAUGACAUUACUGUUACUAUUCAGGAUAGUGUAUUUCCUUAAUGCACACCUUUAAUGUUUCUCUUAGAGUAGCAUGAAAAGGUAAGAUUUUUCAGAUGAAUACUUAAUGCUAUUGGACUUUUAAACCAUAUUGAUAGAAUUUGCUCCCAACAGCAGAAGUAAUAAUGGAUUUCAUAAUUAAGAGGAAGCACAGUUCAAUAUAUUUUCCUGUCUUUUUCAGAUAUGUGGAGAAUAAGGCUAAAUGCACAGUGCCAUUGUGGCAGCAAAGUUGUCUGUAGCCCUCUAUCACAGUAUAAUAAACAUAGAUUAGCCUCCUUAUGUUUUUUGGAAAAACAAUUAGGAAUGAAAUAACCUCAUGCUGACAUUUAAGCUGUUGUCAAGUUAACAAAACAAUGAACUCAGUGUCUUUUGCUUUAAGGUAUUUUGCAUGCUCAGUAGUGCAUCAUUGCAUCACUUCAUUACAAUACAUUAUUGGCGCUUUAAUAGCUUUCCUAUAAUAAAGUUUACCACAGGUUCUAGCUACUCAUAGCUUGGCUCACAACAGUAUAUGCAUACUAUUUUGGAUUAAGGCAUUAAAUAUUGUUAAACGUCUUGUCAAAGGUU